AUGAUCACUGCGUUCCAUGGCGGCUCUCUCACCUAUAAAACCCCAAGCUCUCCUGCUCUCCUUCUCGCCCUACCAAAUCGCUCACAGAAACGAAGAGAGAAAGAAAAGAGAUAAGAAGAAGACGAAGACGCGAUGAAGCCGUCGGUGGUGCUGUACCCGUCGCCAGGGAUGGGCCACCUUGUGUCCAUGGUGGAGCUGGGGAAGCUCUUCCUCUCCCACGGCCUCGCCGUCGCCAUCGUCACCGUCGACCCCCCCUACAACACCGGCGCCACCGCCGCCUUCAUCGCCCGCUCCUCCACCGCCCUCCCGGCCAUCUCCUUCCACCGUCUCCCCCGGGUCUCCCUCCCCCACAACCCGUCCCCUCACUUCGAGGCCCAUGCCUUCGACCUCCUCAGCCUCUCCAACCCCCACCUCCUCUCCUUCCUCCAGACGCUGUCCCUAUCCUCCCCCAUCCGCGCCUUGGUCCUCGACUUCUUCUGCACCGAGGCCCUCGACGUCGCCGCCGCCGUCGGCGUCCCCGCCUACUUCUUCUUCUCCACCAGCGCCUCCAACCUCACCGCCUUCCUCCACCUCCCGAUCCUCCAUCAUAAAGUCACCCAGAGUUUCAAGGACCUCGGCCACACCCCCCUCGACUUCCCGGGUCUCCCGCCGAUCCCGGCGUCGGGCAUGCCGCUCCCCAUGCUCGACCGCGACGACGACGCCUACAAGGGAUUCGUCUACCACUUCGACCGCGUGCCCCGCGCCGCCGGGAUCAUCGAGAACUCCUUCGAGUGGCUCGAGCCUCGGGCCCUCUCCGCCCUCCGCUCCGGCCUCUGCGUCCCCGGCCGGCGGAUGCCGCCCAUCCACUGCGUGGGCCCGCUGACACGAAUGGACGAAGGAACCAAAGAGCGGCACCCAUGCAUGGCCUGGCUGGACGCGCAACCGAAGGCGAGCGUCGUAUUCUUGUGCUUCGGGAGCCUGGGUCUGUUCUCGGCGGAGCAAUUGACCGAGAUCGCGGAGGGGUUGGAGCGGAGCGAGCAAAGGUUCCUAUGGGUUGUCCGUAGCCCCCCGAGCCCCGAACCGGAGAAGCACUUCGCGGCCCCGCCAGAGCCGGACUUGGACGUGUUACUCCCGAAAGGGUUUGUCGAGAGGACGAAGGAGAGGGGAUUGGUGGUGAAGAAGUGGGCGCCGCAGGUGGAGGUGCUGGCCCACGAGGCGGUGGGGGGGUUCGUGACGCAUUGCGGGUGGAAUUCGGUGCUGGAGUCGGUGCGCGUGGGGUUGCCGAUGAUAGCGUGGCCGCUGUAUGCGGAGCAGCGGAUGAACAAGGUGUCGCUGGUGGAGGAGUUGAGGCUAGCGGUCGAGAUGAGGGGGUACGACGCGGUGGUGACGGCGGGGGAGGUGGAGGAGAAGGUGAGGUGGCUGAUGGCGUCGGAUGGCGGGAAGGAGCUGAGGGAGAAGACGCUCGCCGCCAAGAAGGCCGCGCAGGCGGCGCUGGCGGAGGGGGGCUCGUCGCAUCAGGCACUGAUGGAGUUGGUAAACAAGUGGAAAACAGGGGAUUGAUUCGGUGUUGUACAAGAUUCGGUGGGCUUCUUUCUAGUGACGCUUCUUCUUCUUCUUGCCUUUUUUUUUUUUUUGGUAGAAACUUCUUCUUCUCGCUACGUUCGAUCAAUGUGUACGCUUUAUGCAUUUUUAUUUGAAAAAAAUUAUCUAUAGAUCCGAUAGAUCCAAAAUUAUUUUUAAAUUUUUAAAUUUUUUAAAUUAAAUAAAAAUUUUUUAAAAUAUUAAAAAAUUAUUUUUAGAUCUCUACCAUCCACACAGAUUGGUUACACAGAUUCAUAUUCAGAUUACAUAGAUUUAUGUUCAAGUUACAUAGAUUUAUGUUCAAGUUAUGCAAGUUGUCUAGUUUCAAUAUCUGAUUAUGCACGUUCAUGUUCAGAUUAUAUAAGUAUGUAUCUUGAUUAUACAGAAAUAACUCCUUAGCAUUUCAGAAGCUUUUUAUUCAACUUGAAAAGUCUAAGGACUUAAAAAUAAUUUUGGAUCCAUCUAGGAAUCUAUAGAUAAUUUUUUCUUGUUAUUUC